ACUCACGCCUCCUUAUCCUUCCCCUCUAAUUGGCUGUCGCCCCUACGAGUCCUUGGAGAGGUCAAAAAUAAUGAUAACGAAAUUUACCGGAGAGUCGCUGUGGUUUUGAGAUAUACAUUUUAGUCGAUCACAUUUCUAUUGUUGGCUUAUCCAGUCCAGCACCGAGACCUUUUUUUUCAGGUGCUCAUUCAGCUAGCUAGCACAGCUAGCCUCAGCAGCUGGUGGCUAUGGCUGCAGUUAUUUUAAGUUUCCCAACUCUGCAGGGCCUGCGGAUAUUCACGCAGAAGCUGUCAUGGAGCACGAGAGGCGUGAGGCUUGUUUCAGGAGGGGUGAGAAGGAUAGAAAAGGUGCUGAUUGCCAAUCGAGGAGAGAUUGCAUGCCGUGUGAUGCGUUCAGCCAAGAAGAUGGGUGUACGCUCAGUGGCGGUGUACAGUGAUGCAGACACACACUCCAUGCAUGUAGCUAUGGCAGAUGAAGCCUACCAUAUUGGCCCUGCACCCUCCCAGCAGAGUUACCUCUCUAUGGACAAAGUUUUGGAAGUGGCCAAAAAUUCUGGAUCACACGCGGUCCAUCCUGGCUAUGGUUUUUUGUCAGAAAACACAGAGUUUGCUGAGGCAUGUAAACAGGAAGGAAUCAUCUUUAUUGGGCCUCCCUCAUCUGCCAUCAGAGAUAUGGGCAUUAAAAGCACAUCCAAGCAUAUCAUGUCAGCUGCUGGCGUGCCAAUUAUAGGUGGCUACCAUGGAGAGGACCAAUCUAAUGAGAAGUUGCAGGCAGAGGCUGUCCAGAUUGGAUACCCUGUGAUGAUCAAAGCAGUUCGUGGAGGAGGGGGGAAGGGCAUGCGUAUUGCACGCUCAGACUCUGACUUCUUGGAGCAGUUGGAGUCAGCACGGCGGGAAGCCAGAAAAUCCUUCAAUGAUGAUGUCAUGCUGAUCGAGAAGUUCGUGGAGGACCCCAGGUCUUUUUAUCUGUGUUUGGUUUCAGGGGACGAGGUCUCGGCACAUUAUGACCCAAUGAUUGCCAAGUUGGUGGUGUGGGGAGAGGACCGAUCUGCUGCCUUAAAAAAGCUGCGGUAUUGUUUACGACAGUACAAUAUAGUAGGACUAAACACCAACAUAGAUUUCCUGCUGAAUCUUUCGGGCCACCCAGAGUUCGAGGCUGGAAAUGUGAGCACCAGCUUCAUCCCCCAGCACUACGCUGAGCUCUUCCCCACUCCGAAAGCACCUUCUGGGGCAACAAUCUGUCAGGCAGCCCUCGGCCUGAUACUACAGGAGAGGAACCACACACUGGGAUUCACCCAGAGCUCCACUGAUCCUUUCUCCCCAUUUGGCUCUAGCUGUGGUUGGAGAAACAACAUCCUGUUUAACAGAAAUGUGACACUACAGGUGGGAGAUAAAAAAGUUGAUGUGGUCAUCAUGUACAACCAGGAUGGGAGCUACAGUAUGCAGAUUGGUGACGAGGUGAAUCACGUCACAGGGGAGGUGGAGAUGGAAGGCGGGGCAUCGUUCCUGCACUGUACUGUCAAUGGCGUCGAGUCCCGCCCUAAACUUGUGAUCCUGGACAACACGGUGCACCUGUUCUCCACUGAGGGAAGCUCUCAGGUGUCUGUUCCCGUGCCAAAGUAUCGGGCUGGUGUUGGCGGUUCAGGAGCUCAGGGUGGAGCCGUGGCCCCCAUGACUGGAACUAUAGAGAAGGUGCUGGUGAAGGCCGGAGAUAAGGUGACUGUGGGAGACCCACUGAUGGUCAUGAUAGCCAUGAAGAUGGAGCAUACGAUCCGGGCGCCAAAGUCAGGUGUGAUCAAGAAGGUUCUCUUCAGCGAGGGCUCUCAGGCCAACCGCCACGCUCCUCUGGUUGAGCUGGUGGAGGAGGAAGAGCAGGCGGAGGGAGGCAGCCAGUAAAUGCAUCAAAGCCACAGUUACACUAUAAGGUAGAAGAGGGCUAGCACGUGUAAGAGCUGGAGGGAAAGCUACUCAGUGUGAGCGAGUUUUGGCCUCCCGCAGGAUUUAAAUCAUCUGUUCGACAAAGAGUUUGGGUCAGUCUGAGACAGAUGUGGCAGCCGCGUGUUUGCUGGAUGUCUUCCUGCUAGAACUUCUAUCAUGUACAGCGGCUCUUUUUACUCAGCAAUUCUUGCCUACAUGUCAGCAUUUCUCAAAGUUUCGGGGGGCAUGAAACCACCGCAGUGGGGGUGUGGAUGACCAUCGGGGAAAUAUACAGUCUGCAGUGCAGCAAGUGUGAUUUACGCAGAGAGAACAAACAAGUGUUUUAUUCCACUAGAAGCUGAUCUGGAUUCGUCUUCAUCGGCAGAUCCAUAUUCUCUUUCUGCUGUCAGUGAAUAAUCUCUCCUUUCAGUUUUGGUCGGCAUCAGGCUUGUCGGAGCUGCAGUGAUGGUUAAACCUGGCGAAAUCCUGUCUUUGUGUUAGACUGAGUCCUGCCUUUAGUUUCUUUACUGUUUGUGUAUUUAAACAAUUUCUAGAUGAGAAAUGAAACUUUUUUUCUAUCAAGUACUGUCUGAAGGAUUCUUGAAGAAAGUAGGGUUACAACAGAAUAAUCAUCAGUAAUUCUAAAAAAUGUUGAUUUUCAAAAUGUAUCUGAUUAUUUACCACAAAAAUAUCUUUGCUGGGGAUUUCUAUUGAUCUUUAAUUGUAAUUAAGAUGAAAACUAAUGAAUGAGCAAGGAAAAAAGGCAGUUUGAACAUUAGACACAGGCUAGGGGGUUGAUUGCAACGCCACAGAGACCCAUCUAUGUCUACAGCUCUCAGUGGCAUUUUGGUCACGUUUAGGAAAGAAACGCCUUACUGUAGCAACAAGAGAGUGGGGAGCUUUUCUCUUGAAUUUCUGCUCUGGCAUUCUCGCCAUCGCAGCAGAUUAAACCCUCCUAACUUUGACAAGUUCAGCUCAUGUCAGGGCACAUUAACAGCUUUCUCAUUAAUGGCUUAAACUCCUCUGAGGAGGCUUGUUACAAGCGCCGACUUAUACAGUUGCUGCUGAGUCAUCAAACACGUGUCGGUUCCCUGAAUUGGCACCAAAAGCUACCACUCGAGCCAGAUUACUCUUUGAUCAGAGGCUCUUUGCUUCAGUCUGGGCUUUUCAGGGAGGGGUGAAAGAGCAUCGCUGUACAGGAAAGGUUGCGUCAAGUUGACAACGUGAGCACAAGUUGUUUUUAUUAAUUAAAAUCUGGCCACUCUGUGCUUCCAGACUGACUCCAAACUCUCCAUUAUUCACACUCACAUUACCUCUCUGUCACAGUUAAAACAAAAAACCACAGGUCUCCUUUAACCCUCCACUCUGCUGCUGCAAGCACUCCAGAGUGCAUUCUGUGACGAGUCAGUCUCAUGUGCAGCAUUUCUGCACGCACUUGUCUCUCGGUUCAGAGUAGCUCCUGAAGGAUGAAAUGUCAGUCACGGAGAGAUUUUGGCGGACAGAUGGUUUGCAUCCGCGUAAAUCCAGUGAGGGAGUGAUCUGCCACAGACACGGCGGUGAAGUGGAUCGCUCUCUUCUCACUAACCGGUGUGCUUUGAGAUCUUGUAGACUAAAACUGUCAGUAUGAACACAUUUCCUGGAUUGUUUGUAGGUGUAAAAUAAUAAACUAGUCAAAUUCUGUAAUAAAUUUUUUUUAA